AUGGGAGCCGCGGACAACGAAGAGGUACCGGUCGUCUCGACCGAGCUGUACCACAAGGAUUUCGACGCGUUCGUCAAGGCGCUCGGUGCGGCGUAUGAGAAAUACGGCUUCGUGAUACUCCAGAAUCACGGCGUUUCCGACGACCUCAUCUCGAGGGCGCUCGACGGCAGCAAGAAGUUCUUCGCGCUGGGCGAGGAGGAGAAGAAGAAGUACCACCUGGCGGGCCUCGGCGGCGCCAGGGGGUACACCGGCUUCGGCGUCGAGACCGCCAAGGGGUCCACCAAGUACGACCUGAAGGAGUUCUGGCACCUCGGGAGGGACCUGCCCCCUGGGCACAGGUACGAGGACAAGAUGCCCCCCAACGUCGAUGUCGAGGAGGGGGAGUUCACCGCGGUGACAAAGGAGAUCUUCGCGGCGCUGGACGCGUUGGGCGGAAGGGUGCUCGAGGCGCUCGCCGUGCACCUGGGCCAGCCGCGGGAGUACUUCGGCGACAAGGUGAACGAGGGUAACUCCAUCCUGCGGGUGAUCCACUACCCGCCCCUGGCGAGGGACGGCGAGGACGGAGCCGUCGCGCUCGCCAACGCGGGCCACGUCCGCGCGGCGGCGCACGAGGACAUCAACCUGAUCACGCUGCUGCUGGGCGCGGACGAGGGCGGACUUCAGAUCUUGCGCAGGGACGGGACGUGGUUGGACGUUAACCCGCCGCCCGGGUGCGUCACGUGCAACAUCGGCGACAUGCUGCAACGGCUGAGCAACAGGCGGCUGCCGUCCACGACGCACCGGGUGGUGAACCCCGGGGCGGAUCGGGCGCAUCUGCCGAGGUACAGCAUGCCCUUCUUCCUGCACCCGAACCCCGACUUUGUGAUCGACACGUUGGCGACGUGCGUGUCGGAUAAGUACCCGAACCAGUUCCCGACGCCCAUCACCUCGGACGAUUACCUGCAAGAGCGCCUGCGCGAGAUCAAGCUCAAGUGA